GUUGGAUUUGGAGCACUGUAUUGGCAACUUUGAGUUUUCUGUUGUACCAAAGGCCUUGUUCAGUGCUGAUGGAAUUCCAUUGGCUUGUUUAGACAAAUCAAAAUUGAUUCACGGUAUAGAGGAAUUAGCCAGCAAAGGACAAACGACCAAUGGUUUAUCUGGAGAAGUCGAAACAAACAAAGUAAUCAUUAUAGAUGGAAUGGCUGUUGUGAAUCAAACUCCAAAAACACCGGCAGUUAAAACAUGCAAGGAUUUCGCAUCAGCUUUCACAGAACGUGUACUACAAAUUUCAAGAGGAUGUGAUGAAAUACGAUUGGUAUUUGAUCGCUAUAUAGAAAACUCCUUGAAAGCACGGACAAGAAAGCAUCGUACAUCUGGUAAUGAAGUUCGAUACAAAGUAUCAGACAACACCAAUAUUUCAUCCAUUAGUCUCAAGCAAUUUCUUUCCCACAUUGAUACAAAGCAAGCUUUAACCAUCUACCUGGCAAAGAAAGUGAUGGAGGCUCUUUCAUCAUUGCAUAUUCGGUAUAUAGUGACUUAUGAUACUAAAAUGGAAUCAAAUUUUGUUGAUUGCAGAAUACACGACCACGAAGAAGCUGACACAGCACUUAUAUAUAAUGCUAUGGAUGUUGCACAACAAUCUCCUUUCACCAGUUGUAUUGUUUACUCUCCGGAUACUGACGUGUUUCUACUGCUAAUUUACUACUAUGAGAUGUUACCAAUAAAUACCAUUUUUAGAACAGGGCGAGGUUCUACUCUACGUGAUAUUGAUAUUCGUAAUUGCUUUGAAGCCCUUGGUGCAGUACACGCGAAAGCUAUUCUUGGUUUUCAUACGUUCACAGGGUGUGACCAAACUGGGCGUUUCAACAAGAAAUCGAAGUCUGCUUGGCUGAAGAUUUUUUUACAGGCAGAUAAUGAGGUGGUUCUGGCAUUAUCGACACUUGGAAGUACUGUCGAACUUCCUAAUCUGGAAACACUGGAAAGCUUAGAACGUUUCGUGGUUUCAAUGUAUAAGGGGAAUAAAUGUCCUGCAGACGUGGUAUCACUAUCUCAAUUGCGUUGGAAUUUAUUCUCCAAAUUCCAGUGUGAUGCUGAUAUGUUGCCACCAACAUUAGCUGCAUUAAAGUACAAAAUAUUCAGGUGUCACUUCAUUUCAAUGGUUUUACGAAGCUCGCAUAUCCUCAUUCAACAACUUCCGAAUGCAGUCAAUUAUGGUUGGGAUACAGAUGAAGUCGGUAACUUAUUCCCCAUAAUGACUGAUGAACUUCCUGCACCGUUGGCACUCAUCGAGUUAAGUUCUUGUAAUUGCAAAACAAGUUGCAUAUCCAACCGAUGUAAAUGCCGUAAAAAUGGUUUUUUGUGCACUGACAUGUGUAAAUGUACGACGUGUCAAAACAGUGGUGGCGCAAGCGAUGAAUCCGAGUCAGAUGAAUAUAGUUCUAGUGAUGAUGAGUGAAUGAAACAUUGUACAAGCAUUGCUGAAGUUGUUUUUUGUCAUUAUUUUCAGCAAUUUUUUUAACUUUGUGAAAUUGCCAGAAAGAAAGUAAACAACUUAACACGUGCUUUGGUCUGUAAAUUACUGGUCUGUAAAUUAUCUCUUGAAGUGAUUUGAACAAUAAAUUUUGAUCAAACAGAAAGACAUUAGGGUGACCCAAUACCAUACUAAAAUUCAACAAAAAAACUUCGCUAUUGAGCAGGUUAUAGUCAUUUUUGGGCUGGGUCAGUAAAUUACCGGUCUGUAAUUUGUACAAAGUUUGAAUAGUAAUAUCUUUCGAACGUUACGUUUUGAAGACAUGGUUCUUACAUUUUUUUUGAUCCACUCGAUCUCCUCUUUCCAACGAUAUAUAAUAUGACAUAUAAAUGUGAAAUUAUUUUUUUGCUGACUGUAAAAGUGAUGACGUCAUCUAAUUUGGUCCGAUGGGACAAAAAAUUUUGCCACCCAUAUUUUUUUGGUAAUUUGGGACCUAAGGAACAACUUUAAAUCAAAAAAUCACUUUUAACACACAUGUGCACACGAAGCUUUAUAUCAGAACAUAGCAACCCUCACUAAAAUGCAAUACAUUUAUUUCCACUUUGUUGCGAUGGGUAAAUAUAAAGGGCGGGCGACCCCGUGGAUUUUUCCAUGGAUUAACGACUAGUCUCUAUAAAAAUACCCUUAUUCUGUUCGUCUUUCCGCAAGAAAAGUGUCGUGCAACGCGUACACGAAAUAGCGUGUAAUUAUUAAUGACAUAUACUAUAUGACAAUAUAUAUUUGAUCGUGAUGUUAACCAAUCAUUAUCGCGUUUUCAAUUGUACUAAGGUUAUGUAAACACGAAACAAACAUACAGAAGAGCGAGGAAGUAUUCAAGAAAUAAACAUUGCAGGAAGAAAAUCUGAUAUCGACACAGGCAAUUCUAUAAUAAUUUGGUUGAAGAAACAAGAAGUGAAUAUUUCAAAUUGGAUGCAGAUAAUAUUAUAUAUUAUUUAUUUAUAUUUGAGAUGUACUAUAAUUAUAUAUUUUGUACUUAACACAAUAAUAACAGUGUGUAUUAAUUAAUAUAAUAUAGCCCAUUUACGAUAAGAUACAUUCAUAUUAAAUGCUUUAGCAUACGGAAAGUUUCUCACUCCAAAGUCAAACAAACGAUUCGUCCAGUAUUUAAGUGUUAUUUUAUUAAUUAAUAAAUAUUUCAUAACUUUAGUUUUUGUAUUUAAGCAGUACAAUGGCAUUUUAACGAAACUGUUUCAGCUUGGAUUUUUGAGAAAAAAUAAUUUUGUUUUGCUUUUUAUUUAUUUAUAAUGAAGAGAGUGUUAUGGUUAUUGUUUCUGUGUCAGGUUCUCUCUUGAAUAACUUGGCAAUAUAUUUCUUGCAAUCAUGGGAUAUCAACAUGUAGAUAAAUGGAUCCAAUAUGGAGUUCACAAAAGCCAAAGUAAAAAACACAUACUCCACGUCCAGUGCGUAUUUCCAGCCAUCCAGCGCACCGCUGGCUUUUAUUAGUGCAAAUGUAGAUAAGGGUAGCCAGCAAGCCAUAAAGGCACAGACAGACAACACAGCAAUUCGUAGAAUUUUCCUUUCGUUAUCUAACAUUUUGUUUUUUUUCUGUUUUGAUUUCUUCUCCUUUACCCAAUUAGAUGUUGAUGGUUCCGAUAGAUUUGUCCAGGUUAUGUCUGAUUUGGCAAGUUUUCUUUUCUGCUCUCUUAUUGAUGCAUAUAUGCUCCAAUAGCAGUAACAAAAACCAAGCGAUACCACGUACGUUGACAGGGGAAACAAAAUGGUUUCAAAUUUGUUAUUUUCCUCUACUGUUAGAGUAAAUUUCAUGGCACAAUAGUAACCAGUGACAAAAACCAGAGCGACAAGCCAGAUGCAGUAACAAAUGUUAAUGGCAAUUCUCCUUGUGAUCUUUCUGUAAAACAAUGGCUUUCUCGCUGCAAGCAUUCUUACAACUGUAAAAGUCAUAAGAUUUAAAACUGAGAGCAGCAAUGACAACCUCAACAUGAAGUUUUUAGUCACAUGAAGGGAUUCCAAAAGAACUUUAUUUCCUUUGUACUUUGUUUUUAAAAGAAAUGCGAACACUUUAACCAUGAUGAUCAUAAACCCGACCAUUAUAUCGGAGAUGGAUAAAUUUAGAAUAAACACCAAAGAAGGAGACAAGACCCUCUGCAUAUUAGUCUUGAACAUCACUACAAUCUCAAGUAUGUUUAAUAUUAUUAUCAAUGCUGCAUUUACUGGACUGAUGUAGGUAAAAAUAAUAGCAUUAAGCUUCAUGUUGAAGCUGUGCAACUUUAUCUAAAGUUGCAUUUAAUACUUUUCCACUCCUUCUUUAACUAUAUUAAUAACAAUAAUGUUUGAAAAUUUUUUCUUAAAUACUCUAAUCAAAUAACAAAAGAUCGAAAAUAGAAUUUCAAUUUAAAAUAUAUAAACCGUUUUUUAUUAGCUAAUUUUCCUGUGAGAAACAGGUGAUUCUUGAAGUCACGUUUUUCUUAGGAAUGCAUAGAGAAAUAAAAUGAUUUGAGUAAAAAAUGUAUCUAAAACUAACGCAACGACGGAGUUUAACUUUUGCAGGUGCGUAAAGCCGGUAAACAACGUAAAAAAGGCGUUGACCACAGUUAUACAAUAUCCACAUCUUUUAACAAUCCACUAAACCAUCGUAAAGGUAAAAAAUAGGUUAGGUUAGUGUGCAAAAAUCCGCACUUUAAUAAAUAUGUAAGAAGUGGAAAAAUUUUUUUCAUUCUAACUUUUCAUUCUUCCUUUUUGACUUUCAUUUCCGAUUAACCAGAUCUUCUUAGAUCUUAAUUGGCAAAUCCGUAACUGCGCGUGUCUUACAUAUAAGCAUUCAAAUAAUCGAUUGUGGUGUUAUAUUAAAAUUUGGUUGUUCUUUUGCAGUCUAAUAUGUCCGAGACUACAGAUUAAUUAACGCACUGAUAUGAACAUCAAUUGUUGUGUAUAUAAAAAACAAACAACUUUAAUCCGAACACAUCUAGGAGUUAUCUAUCAUAAAGAGCUGUUGAAGAAUUUUAAGAUGCUUUUGCUUUCUCCUUUAAACAUUUAUUUUUAUUUACUUUCCCAACAUUUUAAACAUAAAUUGUUUACAUGAUUUACUUGUGAGGGAUAAGCUGAGUUAAAGCUUGGUUUUUUUUAUACAGAUUAGGCAUUAAAUAGUGCAAAAAUAAUUCAACAAAUUCUAAUAAAAGUUGUAUUUGCAUUAUAUUACAUUAUAGUCUAUAUAAAAAAGAUUAUCGCUACAAGAGCAUUUGAGAUUGCUCAUUGGUCUCAGCAACCUACAUUUAAUGAUUGAGUUGCUUAGAUUGAAAAAGUUUUUACACUAUAGUAUUGAGAUCCAGUAACUUUUUUAACAUUUGCACUGAAAUCAGAAAACCAAAUAAGCAACUUUUAGUAUAACCAUUAUUCUAUGUUGGCAACAAUUUAAUUUCCAAGAUACGGUUUUAAACAAUACUUACUUUUGACUUUUGCAAUGUCUAGCUAACUUAAUCAUUUUUACCAUAGAGCAGCUCCAUUUUUUAAUUUGAACUAAAUAAAUUUAAAUAAUCAUUUGGUCUCGGUAUUACGUUUGAUAAAUUGACACAUUGACAUCAAUUUAGCUUACUUGGGAGAAUAUGGGUAACUUUUGGUUGUUUAGAGUUGUUCAAGACAUUUUAAUUAGCUCCAGUGAUAGGUCAAAUAUCCACUUGCUUUUAAAAAAACGUGCAUAAUAAUUUCGAGAAAAAAAAUAUCCAGGUGUGGUUACUUGGAUUUUGUAUAAUUAUUUAAUUUGUUAUUAAAAGGAAAUAGUGCACGAACGUGAGAGAUUUAUGGUCAAAACAUAUAAAUUGAUUCAACUUUAGCCUUCAAACACAGCACGAGGACUGGCACGAGAGCACAUCAAUUUAAAAAAAUCUUUAAACUUGAAAAAAGCAUCCAGCCGCUUGAGAUUAUUGUGAGAAGAAUUCGAUACUUUAUUGACGCUUACACAUCUAACACAAUCUAUCGUUCUAUGAUCAUGCCACUGUUGACGUGCGUAAUUUCAUGCAUCCCUCGUAAUUUCAUGCAUGAAUAACACACAAACUCUUAGAAUUCAGACUCUGGAAUCGAGACAACUUCACAUUAUUUCAAAUGGUGUUCGAGCAAAUGUUCCCAGUGUGUUAAAUGUAAUGCGAAAAUGGUGUUGCACUCACGGUUUUAAAUGUCUUCAUGGCGAUCUUUGUGAAAAUGUUAUUGGUUAAUUUUAAGAAAUAUUAUAUUAUGUUUUAACUAUAUUGUGAAUAUACUUUUAAGUAACCUCACUUUAUUAUGUUUUCAGAUUUUAUUAUGCAGGACUCCUUUGACAACAGUAUUAACAUAUUGCGUAUUAUCCUGUAAAAAUCUUUGAUAAAAAUAAUAAGAAUAAAAUAAUUGUAGCUGUACGAUUUAAAGAAUUUAGCCUCCUGUCUAAAUUUUGAAAAAUUGAAUUGCUGGCAUGAUACAUUUCAUCUUAUGAUAUUGUGUUUAGCAAUUAAAUUUGUUCACUGUUGCAAUUUCUUGUAGGUAAUUAGUAGUUUACCACCAAAUAAUGUCUAAAAUUCAAGAAUUGUCUUUUUCCUGUUUUCUGACAGCAAAUUCAUCUUUGAAUACCGUGGC